GGCGGCUGGUUUGCAGGGAACGUUAUCUUCGAUAUUGUUGCGAAUUUCUCUCUCUCUCUCUCUCUCUCUCUCUCUCUCUCUCUCUCUCUCUGUUUACAGAAUUCAAGGAGUAUUGAGUUGGGAUUUCAGCUGUUGAUACUCUUUGCGCCCGCACUUGUUCUACUGCAGACUGUGCAAGGCAUAAGCGCUUCCGUAAGACGAUAUCGGGCUGAUUCUCGAAUGUCGACAUCCCACUCUUCUUCCUCAUCAUCUCCACAUAAACCCAACCGAUCGACGCCUUCUACUCCUAGGUCUCAUCUAACCCUUCUUUUAACUCUCUCUGUCAUCGUCUUCCUCUUCUCGCUCCUCCUCCCCAUCGCAGGUAUCACGACGGCUUCUCUAUCCCUCUCCUCCAUCCCUCGCCUCGCCCACAAAGCCGGACAUCUCUCGCUCUCCUCGAUCCUCCGUCCAAGCCGUUUCUCGUUUUCGCAUUCCGCAACUGUCACCAUGAGUUCUCCAAAGUACGAAAAGGAGCUUCAGAUUGCUCAGCUCGCCGUCCAGCGUGCUUCCAUCCUCACAAAGCGUGUCUUCCACGAAAAGGCCAAGGGCACUGUCGACAAGAAUGACAAAUCACCAGUCACGAUUGGCGAUUUCGGAGCGCAGGCGCUCAUCAUUUCGGCCCUACAGCACAACUUCCCCAACGAUGCCAUUGUCGCAGAGGAAGAGUCUGCGAAGUUGAAGGAGGAUGCCAAUCUGAGGACCACCAUCUGGGACUUGGUCAAGGACACAAAGCUAGAAGAUGCUGCUGCCGAAGCUCUGCUUGGUGGGCCCAUCAAGGAUGUCGAUGCGAUGGUUGAGCUUAUCGACAAGGGAAACAGCCCCGGUGGCUCCCAGGGACGCAUCUGGGCCAUUGACCCUAUCGACGGAACCAAGGGCUUCCUCCGCGGAGGCCAAUAUGCCGUGUGCCUCGCCCUCAUGAUUGACGGCGACGUCAAAGUCGGCGCUCUAGGAUGCCCCAACCUUCCAAUCGACGACUCUGCUCGUCUCACCACCGACAUCGGCGCAAACCAGACCGACGAAGGCCACGGCGUGCUCUUCUCUGCCGUCCAAGGCCACGGCGCCAAGAGCCGCGCGCUCGCGACUGUGAAUCUCGACGCCGAAGCCGGCAAGCCCAUCUCCAUGCGCGCCAUUGACGAUCUCACAAAGGCAAACUUCUGCGAGAGCGUGGAAGCCGGGCACUCUUCUCACGGCGACCAGGCCGCCAUCUCACAGAAGCUGGGCAUCACCGAGCCCAGCGUCCGCAUGGACAGCCAGGCUAAAUACGGCUCUAUCGCUCGCGGCGCUGGAGACAUUUACUUGCGCCUCCCUGUGAGCGCUACGUACCAAGAGAAGAUUUGGGAUCAUGCUGCUGGCGAUCUCAUUGUUCGGGAAUCAGGCGGACAGGUGACCGACAUCCACGGCAAGAGAUUAGACUUUGGCAUUGGACGAACACUCGCCAACAACAAGGGCGUGGUAGCAGCGCCCGCGGCAGUGCAUGGCAAAGUUUUGGAAGUGGUGCAGGAAGUUUUGAGCGCCAAGCUGUAAGAGGACAUGUAAUAGAAUGAAGGAAAUAAAUACGGGUAAAAAGCAGGCAAUUUUCAUCAACGGUUGCAUAGGUAGAUACAUAUCUGCAUGUUAAUUUUGGAUUGUCGUUGAUAUAUACAUGUAAGAUGUAUAAAUAUGUCUAAACACCUCGCCAAAACGGCCCUGAUGAUGAUACAAGUCUCCGUUAAAAACACCCUUGUCCAAAGCCAACUUACUGUACACUUUUUUUUCUUUCCAACGCUCUUUUUUCCUUCUUUACUUUUCUUUCUCCCCCUCCCCCUCCUUUUCAUCUCAUUUCAUUUAUUUAAUCUUCUUCUGCUUCAACUUAAUCGUCUCAUCGUUAAUAAACACUCCCUUGCCCUUGUACGGCUCCGGCUUCCUCCAAUUCCUCACCACGCCCGCAAAGCUCAUGAGCACCUCCCGAUCGGGGCC